UGCGAUUCGUAGAGUCGUACGGUGUGCACUGCCGUCCUGCCGCCUGUUGCAGUACCCCUUGCUAUCAACAGCGCUCAUAGCUCCGUGCUUACUCUCACGACGAUCACGAUGACAUUCCGCCCUCGUCCUAUCCUGAAACGGGACUCCCCGCCGCCGCUAUCCAACAACCUCCCGUUUACGACGACCGACUACGUCCUAUCCCCGCACGUCCACUUCCCCCCCACCCCAUGGAUAACUACUGUACGCUUCACUCAUUCACCCCACACGUACGACCGUGCGCCCAUCGCAAUCUCUCCGAACGAGAGGCUAGUGCCACGACGGCACCGCAAGGUCCAAUCCCCUCCUGCUGACUUCGACGGCGAAAGGAGAGGUCGCCCACGCACUCGCAAUGGCGACGACGACGACGACGAUGACGACUCAUCCGAUAACGAAAUGGACCUUAAGGGCAGCUACUUCCACCCACGCGCGUACGAGGCGUGCACAACAGAGCCAUGCGACGUGCCAAGAGCGACUUUUGACAUCUCCUUUCCACCAUCCCUCACUCCAGAUAUGUCUCCCUCAGACGAGUCUGACGAUCAAGUCAAGACGCCUCCAGACGCCGCUAUCCCCUCCCUUCCUCCCAGUAUUGCCCAUCCCUCCAAUAUCCAUACUCCACCCAAGGUUGCAUCGCCACGAUCUCGCCCGACCCUGCGUUCGACGAAGGCAACAGUCGCCGACAAGAUGCACAGACCGAGCUUCGCGAGGAGCGCUGCUUCCUGCGCUGUGUCCUUCGCUCCUACCCCAAAUUUGGACGAGGGCUGUUUAGGCGGAUUUUGACCUCCGCACUCAUCUUUAUCAUCGCACUCAUUUUAUAAUACUUACGUCCCCGUAUCCACCUUAUGAUCGUUCUUUCGGCACGACUUACAAUGCGUAUCACUUGGGUAGUGGCAUUCGAUCUCGGACUAGUGUUCAACUGUAUCAUAGUAUUUGCGUCUCGCGGGUCGUUCACUUCGAACAAUUCAAUCUGGAUGUAUUGUGUUGC